AUGCAGUCGUGCAGGGUUAACAGUGCAGGUCGUCCUUCAUUCGACCAAGGUGCUUGCAGAAGAAGAGUGAAAGAGCACUUUAGAAGCAACCUUGCGAAGAACAUCUACAACGAGAGCACUGGAAUGAAAAUGAAUUCACCUCUGAGGCUGUUCGUCCUCCUUGUGCUCUUCGCAUUAUGUGUUCUGGCUAAAGAAGGUAUUGGAAACACUGCGUCAAGUGGGAACACCACUGAUAACGUUAUAGCUCACACUAUCAAAGACAGCGGUCAUGAAAAGACUAAACAGCCCUGCCCAGAGGUGAGGAGAGAUGAUCACGAUGAUCAACGGGAGGACACAAGAGAAUCACCAUAUCGCGAACGUGGAAUGUCUCGCACGGUCACAUUUUUCGAUGUAAAGAAAGUUAAUUUGAAAGGCGACGAUGGUUACGACUACUACUGGCAUAACUUACGAUAG